AUGAUCCUGACGUCUGAAGGGAACAUCGACGAGGAGGGUACCACCAAAUCCAUCCCCUAUUCUCAGCCUUGGGACACCAUGGGGAGGUGCCUGCAUCACCAGCCGUCCUGCCAGCACUCCUUCCCACUGUCCCUCCCCAGAGUCAUCAUGCCUCGGAGACGGAAAAGUAAGCUCCACGCCUGCGAGAAAGGUGCUCAGGCAACAGCAGCGGCAGCAGAGGAGUCCCCUCCCUCCUCUUCUCUUUGUGGAGAUAAUAGCCAGAGCCUGCCUGCUGCUGGGUCAUGUAGCAGUUCCGAGGGGCCUCAGAGAGCACCAUCCACCACCACUGUUUCUGAAGGCAUUUCUUGCACUAGAUCUGAAGAAGGUUGCAAAGGCCAAGGUGACGAAAGGAAAAGCACCUCUGAGGACCCACUGUCCACUAACGACUCACGCGAAGACCCUCUAAUGAGGAAGGCUGUUUUGUUGGCGCAGUUCCUGCUCUACAAGUAUAGAAUGAAACAGCCCAUUAUGAAGGCAGACAUGCUGAAGGUUAUCAACCGUAGAUACAAACACCAGUUUGCUGAGAUCCUCAAGAGGGCCUCCCAACACGUCGAGGCUGCCUUUGCAGUUCAGGUGGUGGAAGUCGACAUACCCAGGCACUCGUAUAACCUAGUCAGCAAACUGAAACUUCCCAACAACGGGAGGGUGCGUCCUGGCAGAGGGUUUCCCAAGACAGGUCUCCUAAUGAUUGUCCUGGGUGUGAUCUUAACGAAUGGCAACUGUGCCACUGAGGAACACAUCUGGAAAUGCCUGAAUAAGAUGAAAGUAUAUGCUGGAAGGAAGCACCUCAUCUACGGAGAGCCCCGGAAGCUCAUCACUCAAGAUUUGGUGAGGCUGAAUUACCUAGAGUACCGGCAGGUCCCCAACAGUGAUCCUCCGUGCUAUCAAUUCCUGUGGGGUCCAAGAGCACAUGUUGAAACCAGCGAGACGGAAGUCCUGGAGCAUUUGGGAAAGAUGAAGGAAAUCAUCACCUGUGAAUCCUUAUGUCAUUACGUAGAGCCUUUGGAAGAUGAGGAAGAAACAGCCUCACCCAUAGACACAGCCAGGCAUGUCAUCUUCGUAUGCGGGCACGGUCUCCUGGACCAUUAG